UCUUCUUCCCCGUUGGUAGUUUCGUUCUUGUGCCAACUUUACACUGACGCUAGUUAGAAAUAAUUUAUACACAAAAGUCCUUUUUUCCGUUGUUUGGUUUAUGAUUAACAAAAAGUCUUAUUCAAUUAUUUUGGAUGUACAGUAAGGUUGUCAUUUGAUAAGAUAAAGUUGAGUAUUGAUAAGAAAAGUGACAUUACAAGUAGUGGGAGUGGUUCAAUUUGAUGUUUUGUUAGUAUGGCUACUCUGGAGUGAGGUAGAGUUGAGUGUCUGGAAUUUUUACUUAAAGUAAAAUCUCUGUGUGUGAUAGGAGGGAAGAAUCUUGGGAAAAAUAGAUCUGGCAUAAUGAAUGAUCAUUUUGGGUUAAAGUGGGACCCGAAGAAUUUAGAAAUAAGGACAAUGUCAGUUGAAAAGACAUUGGAGCCUUUGGUUUUACAAGUCACGACUCUUGUAAAUACCAAAGGCCCCAGCAAAAAGAAAAAGGGCAAGUCGAAGAGAGCUAACGCUCUUGUCAGCACCGUGGAGAAGGCCACGGAGAAUUUUAUCGAAAAAGGCGAACAAAUCGCUUACGAAAACCCCGACAUAACCCAAGAAAUGCUCUCUGCUGUUGAGGAAGUUCGCAAAACCGGUAACGCGAUGAGUAUCGCCGCUCGUGAAUUCUCUGAAGACCCUUGUUCCUCCCUGAAACGGGGCAAUAUGGUGCGUGCUGCACGAAAUCUUCUUUCCGCUGUAACCCGUCUUUUGAUUUUGGCUGACAUGGUCGAUGUUCAUCUCUUGCUCAAAUCGCUUCACGUCGUCGAGAACGAUAUCGAAAAACUGAAAAAUGCGUCAAGUCAAGGCGAACUUUUAGAUAAUAUCAAGGCCUUUGGCCAGAAUGCCAACGAACUGAUGAAUCAGGCAGCUAAGCGCCAACAGGAGUUGAAGGAUCCUCAGCUGAGAGAUGAUUUAGCUGCUGCUCGUGCUGUACUUAAGAAACAUUCCACUAUGUUACUGACAGCUUCAAAAGUCUACGUCCGUCAUCCGGAGUUGGCAGCUGCGAAAGCUAACCGUGAUUAUGUGCUGAAGCAAGUUUGUGAAGCUGUUAAUACGAUCAAUGACGUCGCUCAAGGAAGGACACCGCAGCCGGCUACAGGCCCAUACGAUGGUCCUGGAGAAUUAGCUGCAGCUCUGGAUGACUUUGACGAUCAUAUGGUUAUGGAGCCGUUGGCUUACAACGAGGUUCACACGAGACCGUCUCUGGAGGAACGUUUGGAGAGUAUCAUUAGUGGUGCAGCUCUUAUGGCCGACUCCAGCUGCACCCGAGACGAAAGAAGGGAACGCAUAGUUGCCGAAUGUAAUGCUGUCCGUCAAGCACUUCAGGACUUGCUUUCUGAGUACAUGUCAAACAUCGGCAAUAAGGAAAAGAGCGAAAGUUUGAAUCGAGCCAUCGACAAUAUGGGCCGCAAAACUCGCGAUCUGAGACGGCAGUUGCGCAAAGCUGUCGUCGACCACGUUUCUGACAGUUUUCUCGAAACAAACGUUCCUCUCUUGGUUUUGAUCAAAGCCGCUCAAAAUGGUAACGAGAAGGAAGUCGAGGAGUUUGCCGUUAUGUUCACUGAACACUCGAAUAAGCUCGUCGAAGUUGCCAACUUGGUGUGCAGUAUGUCAAAUAACGAGGACGGUGUCAAAAUGGUUCGCUACGCAGCGGCACAGAUUGACAACCUCUGUCCGGAAGUAAUCAACGCUGCUAGGAUUCUAGCAGCGCGACCACGUAGCAAAGUUGCUCAAGAAAACAUGGACGCUUUUAAACAAUCAUGGGAGAAUCAAGUCCGGAUUUUGACUGAAGCAGUUGACGAUAUUACAACAAUUGAUGACUUUUUGGCUGUAUCGGAAAAUCAUAUUCUAGAAGAUGUAAAUAAGUGUGUGUUGGCGUUGCAAGAAGGCGAUGCCGAUACCUUGGACAGAACUGCAGGAGGUAUUAGAGGGCGCUCAAAUCGUGUCUGUAAUGUUGUCACUGCUGAAAUGGAUAAUUAUGAACCUUGUAUUUACACUAAGCGCGUUUUGGAAGCCGUUAAAGUAUUAAACGAUCAAGUGAUGCCCAAAUUUAGUCAAAGGGUCCAAGUUGCCGUUCAAGCUUUGUCUAGCGUUCCCACCAAAGAGGUUGACGAGAAUGAUUUUAUUGACGCAUCACGAUUGGUGUACGAUGGAGUGCGUGAAAUUAGAAGAGCCGUCCUGAUGAAUAGAGCUGAUGAAGAUUUGGACCCCGAAGAUGUAGAAUUGGAUGAAAAUUAUACAUUAGAAACCCGUAGCAAAUCGAGUGCUCACACUGGCGAACAUGGUGUGGAUGAAUAUCCUGACAUCAGUGGUAUUACCACGGCUAGAGAAGCUAUGGGGAAAAUGCCUGAGGAGGACAAACAAAAAAUCCUCCAACAGGUAGAAUAUUUCCGUAGCGAAAAACUCAAAUUUGACAGAGAAGUCGCCAAGUGGGACGAUACCGGUAAUGAUAUUAUCGUUUUGGCUAAACAUAUGUGCAUGAUUAUGAUGGAGAUGACGGAUUUUACACGUGGACGUGGACCUCUGAAAACUACAAUGGACGUCAUAAACGCGGCGAAAAAAAUUUCAGAAGCCGGAACAAAAUUGGACAAAUUGACACGUCAAAUUGCCGAGCAAUGUCCGGAGAGUUCUACCAAGAAAGAUCUUUUGGCCUAUUUGCAACGUAUUGCUUUAUAUUGCCACCAAAUGAACAUUACGUCGAAAGUUAAGGCUGAUGUUCAGAAUAUAAGUGGAGAAUUGAUCGUUUCAGGGCUUGACAGCGCCACUUCGCUCAUUCAAGCUGCAAAGAAUCUCAUGAAUGCUGUAGUAUUGACUGUAAAGGCGUCAUAUGUAGCAUCCACCAAAUAUCCGCGGCAAGGGACCAUUUCGUCGCCAAUUGUCGUCUGGAAGAUGAAAGCACCGGAAAAGAAACCGCUAGUAAGACCUGAAAAGCCUGAAGAAGUUCGGGCUAAAGUCCGUAAAGGGUCGCAAAAGAAGGUGCAGAAUCCUAUACAUGCGCUUUCUGAAUUCCAAAGCCCAACAGAAUCAAUUUAAGUAUUUUUUGUAAAAUUUAUACAUUUUUAUGAAUUUCUUUUUCCAAUUUUUGCCGUAAAAGAUCAUUUUUUUAUUUUUUGUUAUUUAUUAAUGUUACGUCGUUGCCAACAAGAAUUUAUGUAUUUAUGUGGGUAGGAGCACUAUUUGCACUGUGGGAAAUAUAAGCAAUCAUGAAAAGUUUUACAUGUUUGUAACCAUUCUAUUUUUGUUAUUUUUCUAAUGAUAAAUGUUCUGAAAAUUAAUAAAGAAAGUGUGGCUUCCAAUAUUUGGAUAUGCUUAAGUUAAUUCUAAGUUUACUUUGCAAGAACUAUUACAACUUGCGUGCUUACAUAAGUGGUAAUAAACAUCAUUUUUACAUAA